AUGGAGGGCCACCAACCAACUACCACCCUCCAUGGGACCGACGGAAAUCCACAGACGGAAUCAGGCGCCCUCUUGGGCAAUGUCCCACACUUGAGGUUGCUCGUCUGCUCCUCUAUCGCAUUCUUCAUUGUGCACAAACUCUUCAUAUACCCUCGAUUCGUUAGUCCCCUCAGGUUCCUUCCGCGAGCCCCGGGAGGUUACCCUAUACUUGGCCACGCAUUCACCGGAUUCACAGAGCCGAUCGGGCAAGAAUACAUGAGAUUCAUGCAAGAGGUACCCAACGAAGGAAUUAUUUUAAUGCGCGACCUGUUCAACUCAGCACACCUACUGCUCACCAGCACCGCCGCCCUCAAAGAAGUCCUAUCCAAAAGGCCAUACAUGUUCGAGAAACCAUGGAAAUAUCGCGAAUUUGCGAUCGCGGUUGUAGGAAGAGGUGGUAUCCUUGCCGCCGAGGGCGACGCCCAUAAGAUCCAGCGCAGACAUAUCACGCCGAACUUCACCCUGCGACAUACCAGGCAGCUUGCGCCAUUGUCAUGGAGCAGAAGCGUGGUGGAUAUGAAUGUGUGGGCUACUCGGGUAACGUUGGAUAUAUUUGGGACUGCUGGGCUCGGGCGCGAUCUGAAGAUGAUUAGUAGAUCGCGUGUGGCAAUCCAAGAGGCUUAUACUACUGCGCUUACGCCGACGUGGAGAAAGAGCUUUCUAUAUGUCGCAAUCUCGUGCCGGUUGGACUGGCUGAGUGGUUAUAUUCCGUGGACUGUGGAUGGCGAGUUUUCCAAGGCAACUGACUACCUCAGGCGGUUUUGUCGCGAGUCUAUCGCAGAAAAUAGACAGGCUAGGGCAGCUUCCAAGACCAGUGCACCGGGUAUGUUGGCUAAGUUCAUAGAAUCAAACAAGGUCACGGAUGACGAGCUCGUGGACCAGUCACUUACUUCCCUAGUGGCCGGACAUGAAACAGUCGCCGGUGCACUGGGAUGGGCAAUCUAUCUCCUCGCCAGCCAUCCAACAAUUCAGGCUAGUCUCCGUGCAGAGAUCCUGUCCUGCGCCUCUCCGGAGGAGUGGGCCACAGAAAGUCCAGACAUCGCAGCUUGUCUCGAACACAUCCUUAUUCUCAACGCCGUCUGCAACGAGACUGUUCGCCUCUAUCCUUCCAUCUCCGUCGCUCCCCGCGUCGCAACAGAAGACACUUCCAUCCUGGACUGCCCCGUCCCCAAAGGAACGAGAGUAAUGAUUCCUACAUGCGCGAUCAACCGGGCUCCAUACCUAUGGGGGCCGACUGCCAACGAAUUCAGACCAGAACGAUGGAUCGAUGAGACGACGGGCGAGCUCAACAGAAAAGGUGGCGCAGAGAGCAGCUACGCCAUAUUGUCGUUCCUCCAUGGGCGGCAUAAUUGCAUGGGGUCGGGAUCUGCCAAAGCGGAACUUUAG